AUGCCUGAUCAGCCCAAAGCUCCCAAGAAAGGCGCCAAGAAAGCCGUGUCCAAAGCCAAGGGCACCAAGAAGCGCCGGAGGUCGAGGAGGGAGACCUACUCCAUCUACGUCUACAAGGUGAUGAAGCAGGUUCACCCCGACACCGGCAUCUCCUCCAAGGCCAUGACCAUCAUGAACUCGUUCGUGAACGAUAUUUUCGAGCGCAUCGCGGGCGAGGCUUCCCGUCUGGCCCAUUACAACAAGCGGUCGACCAUCACCUCUCGGGAGAUCCAGACCGCCGUGCGCCUGCUGCUGCCCGGGGAGCUGGCCAAGCACGCCGUGUCGGAAGGGACAAAGGCGGUCACCAAGUACACCAGCUCCAAGUGAAGCUCCAUAAACCAGUGACUAAACAAACGAAAACAACGGCUCUUUUAAGAGCCACUCACUCUAUCGCUGAAAGAGUUGCUCCAAUAUUUCAGCAGUGAAUACUAACUAACCUUCCCUUGCAGAUUUUCAGUUUAGAAAUAACUAUAAUUGAUGGUAAUCAAGGUUUGCAAUCCAUCUGCCCGUUUUAAUCCCGGGCGCUCUCUCACUACCCAUUGUACUGUCACGGAGCAUUUUCCCUUUCUGUUAUCAGCUUGUUUCGGUCUUCAGACAUGCACACACAACCAUACAUAAAGUUUUUUGCUAUUACUAAUGCGGUUUAUCGCCAACAGUUAGCUGUGCUGGAAACUUUCCUGAGUCUUAUUUGUACUUGUGAUUCAGUAUAGGGUUCACGGUUUUUUCACAUCGCAAUCUCGGCCCUAAUCGUACGUUAUGAACAGCGAACCGUCCACAGCUGAUGCGUUUUAAAUUAAAACAAAAUCCUGUCCUGUUCUAUGUUUCCGUAUUUGUACUGAUCGAUGAUUAAAAUGAAAAUUGAAUUCAGUCACUCUCAUAUCGGAAUACUGUACUAACAUUCGGCGACUCUGCUGGUUGUUAAUGUGAAUUAAUUGUGGGGUUUUUUUUGUUAUUUUGCACAUUGGUUGUAGUCAGUCUUUGUUGGG